GAGGCCGCAGCGGCCAUGGCCGUAGAUUUCAGGGACCCCCGGAGCGGGUUCCGCCACAACGAGGUGGUGGUGUUCAUCAACGAGGAGGUGCUCAGCAACGGCGGCGGUCCCGACUUCUACCUGACCUUCUGCUCGAGGCCCUGGAACGAGGUAGAGGACGAGCUACUGUCCAUCGUGGCGGACCCUCAGGUGCCGCGCGCCGUCAAGCGGGCUUACUCGUGGAGCGCGCUGGCCUUGAGUGUGCGCGCGGCCGCGAGGCAGCAGGAGCAGCAGGCGCACCGCGUCCGGCGGCUGCAGGAGCAGCUGGAGGAGCGCGAGACCACCACUUGGGCUCUGGCCAACCAGCUGCAGCGGCUACGCCAGGAGCGCGAGCAGGUGGUGUCGCAGUUGCGCCACGUGCAGCACGACCUGCAGCAUGUGCUGAAUGAGCGCGAGGCGCUGCGUGGCCAGCUGCUCCAGGCCCAGAGGCAGCCCCAGCAGGUCGGGUCUCGAGUGCAGCGGCUGGCGACAGAGGUGUGGCCCCUGAAUGCAGAGGAGCGGAACGAGGUGCUGGCCGCCACCCGGUCGCAGCGUGAGCGGGAUGCGGAGACCCAGAGAGUGGAGGCCCACAUGGCCUCCGCGACAACAGGUGUGCUUUAUGCGCCAGGAUCGCCGCCGCCGCCGCCGCCGCUGCCGAGUCCCUGGGCCCGGGUUGUUCAACCCUCUCUGCCAAUGCCGUUCCCCAUGCCAUUCCAGGUGGCGGUCCCCUACCCACCACCUCCCCAACGCAGAGUAGUCGCAGAAGCAGCAGCAGGAGCAGCGUUCACACCCCAGAUGCCUGCUGCAGCCAUCUACCCACCUGGCACGUGGCCUCCGUUCAGGCCUCUGGAGGAGAUAGCCAUGUGGUGGGACCAGAGACGCCAAAGCCAAGAAGAAGGUCCUGCCAGGCUCCACUUUGGCUUAAACCCCGCAGGGCGCAGCUGGAGCCAGGGAGACCUGAUGAAGCAACAGCCACAGGGACAGAAGCCCAAGCAACCAAAUGCUCCAGGAACUUUGUGUGAAGCCGAAGAAACUCCAGCUCCCAGUGUGCGAAUGAAUCCUCCCAAAAUACCCUCUGGCUCUCAGCGGGCUUCACCUCAGUGAGACCUCAACUGGCUGGAGCUAGUAGAAGUGUG